CUGUGAAGGAGAAAAGGCGAGAUCAUAAUAUUGUGGCGCUAAAAUUCAAGAGCAAAGAGGAACUUUCCAAAACCAAUAAUUCAAUAUGCCAAGCACAGAGUUGUUCUCUCUUUGUGAGAAGAAAAAUGCAGAUGGAAUCAUCUCUUUCAUAUCAAGUGAAUCUAAUAAAAAUCAGAAAGCAAGAAAACUGCGUGAGACUUUGUCGUCUUGUCAGCAGCGAGAUGUCAGUGACAUGUGGACAGAGCUGUACUCCAUGACAACAGAGGCCAUCAUGAGUCUGGAUGAAGAUGAAGAAAAAAUGAAGCACACGUUUUCUCUACUGGAGUGUGUAGUAUUCAUCGCCCGAGCCACCUUGCACAAUGAGAAGGACCCAGUUCCCCCUUGCCUCUUUGAAACUGCAGUCCUCCUUCAUGGUGUGCUGAUGUCUCUGCCGGAGGAGGCGCUCGUCCUGCGCGGUGACAUCGCCCAGCUGCUGGAGGUGUGGUGGCGCCGGGGGCUGGAGGGGAAGGAGGAGGUUGCUGUGAACACACUCCACUUCUUCCUGGAGAGUGCUCAAGCUGCCGAGAAAAUUAGCGCUGCCAAGGUGAAGCGUGUGUGGGCCAUGCAUGAAGCGGUCCAGCUGGUCGACUGGGACAGUACAGAGAUGGAGUCACUCAAACACAGGCUGCUUGCUUGUGCGGCAGCCAAACCUUUCCUUCGUGAACCUGAGGGUCGAAAGUUUCUGGCCUUCCUCUUCAACAUUUCUCCAGAGUUCACAGAUCAGCUUUAUGUGAGAUUUAAAGAAUUCUUUCCUGGAUCAACAAGAGAUAUGAGCACAUUCUAUGGGGAAGUGUUCUUCCGUGCAUGGAAGCAGGCAUCUGGCCCAUGUUUAGAGAAACUUGAAAAUGACUGUAUCCAGAACCUGAUGACUCAUGCUGUUCAUGCCAGGAGAGAAGGAACCAACAUAUUCUCACUGCUGUCACGGCUGCUGCAGUACAUACACAACCAGAAGAUACAGACAGGAGUUACUGAUAUGCUGCUGAAGCUGUACAACCCCAUCCUGUGGCGGUCACUCAAUGUGCCCAACUGUGAUGUGAGAGCAAAUGCUACUUUCUUGCUGUGUGAUGUGUUCCCGCUGACCUGCCCCGUGCAGAAGGAUGAACUGAUCAACAGACAGUGUGAAGCGUUGUUGACUGCCUUGUAUGACGACUACCCUGUGGCUCGGCGUAUCGCUGUAGAGGGGGUGUGUCGCAUCAUGUCCAGCUACUGGGAGCUCCUGCCCAACCUCACCAUCAAGAUGUUCAUCACCAAGCUUCUACAGGAUCAUCUCAAUGAUGCCAACUCUGCGGAAGUCCGCCUCAGUGUUGUUAGGGGUUUGACUGAUCUGCUGGACAACCAUCUGUGCCACCCGCUGCUGAAGCAGGUGCUGCCCACAAUGAGAGACCACGUCCAUGAUCUGUCCGAGUCCGUCAGGAAGGCCAUGUUGGACCUUCUUCUCAAGGUCAAGAAAAUCCGGGCAAUCAAGUUCUGGACGAUCGUGCCAGUGGAGCACCUGCUGGCCAGGCUGAAGGAGGACUCCGCUGCUGUGUGUAAGAAGAUAGUCAAGCUCCUCAUCAACAGCUACAUGCCGCUGGAGCAGACCACGGAGGAGAAGAUUUCACGGCUCACUCACCUCAUCAAGGAGGAUGCUGGGGCAGCCAGGAAGUUCUUCCAGUAUGCACCGAGUGAGCUCAAGUUUGAGGAAUCAGUGAAGUACCUGACUCUGCUGUCUCGUGUGAUGCUGGUGCUAAUCAAGAGAAACCAUGCUGAGACUGCCAGUGAGGAUCACAAUGAAAGCACAGCCAGCUCCGCCAAUGACACCACAACCAGUCUACCCAAAGAAGACAGUAAUGCCAAUGCUGAGGCAGGGAGUGAUGAGGAGGAGGAGGAUGAGCUGAGCCUGAAGAACUCUGAGGUCAUGAUGGGGCUCGUGGAGGCCAUGUACCUCAUGUGGGACGCCAUCUCUAAGCAAUUACACACGCCCCAAAACACUGACGUUCGUCAUGAGUUGCAGAAACGCUACAGUGUGAUCAUACCGCAGAUGCUACGUAUAUUUCAGGAACCAAGAGCCUAUGCUGCUAUCAUGUUGUUGUCUGGCUUUUUGCCAGCAACAAGAGUGCCUGUAUUAAGUGAUAGUUGCAUGUCGAAGCUGCGCAACAUGACGACAGACACCCACAUGGGGGUGGCACACCUACAGAACUUCAUCGGUACUCUGUGUAAAUGGCGCUUCAGCAACGCCAUGUUGGAGAUGAUCGAGACGUCUGUGGAGGCAGGCUUGGAGGAAAAGACUAUUGCAGAGUAUAAGCCUGGUGGAUCCACUGUUAAAAAGAAGGCAGGUGCUAAGUGUGUGAUGCUGAAGGAGACCAUCAAACCGGAACCUCCAAUAGCUCUGGAAUACCUGGAGAUCCUGCUGGAGAAAGACUUGUGUCGAGAGGUUAUACUUGUCGACCAUGUGGAUGCCUUGACUCACACCAUGGGGGCUCUCGAACACAGCGUGGAGAUUUUGAAAGCAAUGAAUAGUGCAGACACAGAAACCAAUCCUGCCAAUGAAGAUUUUGUUCUUAAGACUUUCUUCCUGUAUCUUCGAGUGUCCCUUUUGCUACACAAACAGGAGGAAACUGACCCCAAGCCACAGUUCACUGAACUGCUGAUCUGGGCUCAGGAGGAACUGGUGCCUCAGUUGCAGCAGGAGGGCAAGAGGUCCCGGAAAGAUGGGGAACUGGCCUUCAAAACUCUUCAGAUUGUCCUGAAGAUGAGCUGGCACCUGAUGAUGGUUGGGUCGGCUGACAAGGACUUCACCUCUGAGGCCACCAAACUCUGUAUAGCUUGUCUAGAAGAAGACAGGAGCCUGAGACUGCUGGACAGCGUGAUGACGUGUCUACAGUGGGUGACAGAUGCUCGACGCACACUGGACCGAGAGACAAACAGUGAAGGGCAGAUGCUGUCGAUUAUCCCCAACUUCAUGGGCAAGAUGUAUGUGUGUCUUGCCAACUACAUCAAACACCACAAGCAGACAUGUCAGGAGGUUGUAUCCAGCAUCAAGCCCCAGCUCACAGAAAUCUUCAACACAAGCAUGAAGAAUGUGUUCCACUACCCUUCAACAGCGGACAUGAUGACAGCCACACUAAUGGCCAUAGUGGCGGAACUGGCUCAUGCUAGUCAUAAGGAAACCCUUGAUGAGCCAGUCGACAUCUCCAUCCUCCCUCCUCUGUCAGCGCUGCUGGUGAAGAUCAUGUUUUCCCCUAGACAGAGGCUGCACUUCUUCCUGCAGGAGUUGAAUGCGUUCAUCUCAUCAGGCAGUGUGCCAGAUCUCCACCAUGCACAUGGAUGUGCUCAUUUACUCUCAGCCAUCAGGAAAACAAAAGGCAGGGUACCAUUUGAGCAACUAGGUAACUGCGAGGACUCUCUCCGCCUGUGUGUGAACACUCUCUCGGUCAAAGUAGAGGACGACGAUGACGACUCAAAAGAUUUGCUGAAGCAGAUCCGAGACAAAAUGGAGGGUGGACAACAGAACAGCUGAGGUCCCAGACAAGUCCUACAUUAAUCUUGACACUAUAUGAAUCAACUUUAUAUGACUGUCCGUAACCUUAUUUAUUAGACCUCUCACUUCAAAACAAUCUUUAAGAAGGGAUGUGGAAAUGCAAGCCAAUUUGCCUAAUCUGGUACCUAAGAUUGUUGGAAAUAAGAGAAUAUUGCAUAUUCCUUGUCCAUGGAAUUAAUUGUUGGUAUUGGUCAGGGACAAUAUAAUGAUACCAUGCAAGCCAAAUACUUUAUAGAAAAAUGCUUUCUAUACUCAGUAGUCUAACCUAAUUUUCUAGAUAAAUAAAGUAAUAAUUAAAUUAACUUAAAGUGUAGAGAAAGUGCUCUCAAUAGAUGCGUAGAGAAACAUGCGGACUAACCAGGAGAGGUUGUUGCUGGAAUCAUGUGACAAAAGUGUGCAGAAACCGGACACAGACCAUGCCUGUGACCCAGCCAGUGACACUAACUAUGACCUUAAUAAAACAAGUAGAGAACUACCCAAGCUUAUAUGGAGUAGAUUUGUUCAUGGGUUAAUGUUGACCCUGACAAGUAUUUAAGGGAAUAAAUAUUAAAUAUUAGGUCGGAUUAUUAAUUUAAUUCAGGUUAUGAUGGUGUGAUGUCACAGCAUACUGCUUACUUCACAAGUGACCUGAGAACACAUACAUGACGUCUUCUCCUGAGGUCAUCAUACAGCCCUUUGAACAUUGGAGGACACCCUUUUCUGCAUGUGUGCUUCAGCCUGACAGCUUAGAUCAUAUGCUAUUCCAUGGCAUCUGCCGUGAUGAUUUAUGCUUCAAGCUGCUAUGUAGGGCGGUCGGGUAGCCUAGUGGUUUAAGCGUUCGCUCGUCACGCCGAAGACCCAGGUUCGAUUCCCGACAUGGGUACAAUGUGUGAAGCCCAUUUCUGGUGUCCCCCCGCGGUGAUAUUGCUGGAAUAUUGCUAAAAGCGGCGUAAAACCAAACUCACUCACUCACUCACUCAAGCUGCUAUGUAACUGUAUGAAGAGACCAUGCACCAUUAUGUUAUCAUGGUUCCAGUUAUCUGUAAUAAAACUACUACUUGUCA